AAACGAUUUUCUGAAGCAGUCCUCUGCCGUUCCCGGGUUUCCACUACACCCUCAGAAGUUGCUCGAACUGAAAAACCCUAAUCCCUAAACACGCUACGUCCCAGCCCCAGCAAAACCAUUGGUCAAGUGAUUCGAUAUCCUCUGAACUCAGUGAGUUUGAGUGGAGUAGUCGGGCAACAAUGGUGGUAAAGAGAAAGAGGAACGAUUCCGGAGGUGGAGACGAAGAUGAAUCGGCCGCAAAGCAGAGUACGAAGAAAGAGAUACUGCCGUCUAUGAUAAAAAACAAGGAUAAAAGAUCAGAGGUUCACGCCAAGCUUAAGCAGCAGAAGAAACUCGAGAAGCGAAAAAAAGUUAAGGCUCGCGAUGCCGCCAUUUCACGUGCUCUUGAGCUGGGCGAGGAGCCUCCUGAGAAGAAGAUCCCUCGGACUAUUGAGAACACAAGAGAAGUUGAUGAGACAGUAUGCAUGGCUGACGAUGAAGAGUUAUAUGCUGGAAUUGAUGCCGAUGAAUUUAGUUCAACUUUAAAGCGUGAAACUACUCCAAAGAUAUUAAUCACCACAUGCCGUUUCCAUUCUUCGAGAGGACCUGCUUUUAUAUCUGAACUACUCUCCGUGAUUCCAAAUGCACAUUAUUACAAGAGAGGAACCUAUGACUUGAAAAAAAUUGUGGAAUAUGCUAAUAAGAAGGACUUCACUUCUAUUAUCGUGGUUCACACCAAUCGGAGGGAGCCAGAUGCUCUCCUAUUCAUUAACUUGCCCGAAGGACCCACUGCUCAUUUCAAACUAUCGAAUCUUGUUUUACGCAAGGAUAUUAAGAAUCAUGGAAAUCCAACAAGCCACGAGCCUGAGCUUGUGCUGACUAAUUUUACUACUCGCCUGGGUCAUCGAAUUGGAAGAUUGAUUCAGUCAAUUUUCCCACAAGAGCCUAAUUUCCGUGGUCGAAGAGUUGUUACUUUUCACAAUCAGCGAGACUUUAUUUUUUUCCGACAUCAUAGGUACAUUUUUGAUUCAAAAGAAACUAAGCAGGCUGAUUCAAAAGGUAAGUCAAAGGAUGCGAAGGGUGAGGUGCCUCAACAGAAAGUUAUUGCUCGUCUUCAGGAGUGUGGACCUCGUUUCACAUUGAAGUUAACCAGUCUGCAGCAUGGAACAUUUGAUACCAAGGGCGGGGAAUAUGAGUGGGUUCACAAGCCGGAAAUGGACACUAGCCGAAGGAGAUUCUUCUUGUGACUUGGUUUGGAAUGUUGCUUUAAAUUUGUGGUGAAAUGGCAGAAUUCAGUUGAAGUUCCGUCAAGUUGCUGGAGCAUUUUUGACUUGAGAAAUUUAUAUAUAUAUUUAUUGAAUUCCCUUGACUAGUUAGUAUAGUUAUGUAUGGAACAAUGGAAAAAAUAAAACGUGAUUUUUUUCCCCUUUA